AUGAUGGAGGGAGCAACGCAGUCCUCACUGAGCCAAAUACCCGUUCAUGACAGGGUUCUGUUGAGCGGUAACAUGGACAGCGUAGAUGAUGAUUUAGAAACUGUGAUCUUUAGUGAUGGGGAGGACAAUCUUGAAACUUGUACAGUAGUGACAGAAACGGAUUCAGAUGGAGACGCGGGGCAGCACCUUCGGGGGGCAACUAACGGCGGUGCAGCCAACCGCUUACACUCGCAACACACGUUAGGGGAUUACUCGGAUCAUACAGUACAGCGCACAAAUAAUAUUCCCCCCACUCCCGCUCCGGCUAUGGCCCCGGUCUCAGCUUCGUCCCUCGUUACUUCAAUUGUUCCCGAACCUCAGCUACCCGUCUCCUUUUCUUCGCAAGCUUUUCCGGUUAUCUUACCGGUUAUGCAAAUGACAUGGGAACUGCUCGCACCAGUAGCCGCUGAGGAAGGGGUGGAGAGAGAAGGGGAAGUUGGGAAGCAACAGUCGGGUGGAAAAUUUUGUGUGCGUUAUUGUUUGGCAUCAAAAUAUGGUGAACCCCUACGACCUACGGAUAUCAACGAAUCGGCGCUACCGGAGAGACUUACCUGUGCGUGCAGAAUGGGUCGGGAUGACAUUCCUCAGCCGAUGAAGGCCCUGCGGACAAAUGGAAGAAAUCAACAGACCUUACUAUACAAGCACACAAUUUCUCGCGAGCACUGUGUCGUGCGGUUUCAUUUCAAAUUGCAAUGUGCCCCUCAAGGAUCUGCUGCGGCGGCUCCUUCGGGACAGAAACCGUUCUACAAGUGGACAUCCUUUGACGUCACGGAUUUGUCAUCCAGCAACGGUACAUACUGCCGUACAGUAAGAUUGUUUCCUUCGCACCGCUACAGCUUCCCUUUAACGAGGACAAACGCUGCUCAGUGCGUGGAGUUGCAGCUUGGGACCCACUAUCAAUGCACCAUACGUGUAUUGGGUGGCAAUUCUAUUGCUAAUUGUAGUCGCCUGGUCAGCUCAUCGGAUGCAUCGUCCACAGCAGUGGCGGCAGUCGAUGCUUCCGUGCAGUUCUCCCCUUCACCUGAAGUUGUGCUGACCAAUUUUCCACCACCUAAGAAGGUGCCUAGGAUUUACAACGGAUGUUCCCCCUUUUACGUGGAAGAUGAAUAUGACAAUGACAACAGCAAUAAUAAUAAUAAUAUUGAUGGUGUUUCCUCUUCUCUGGCCACUAAACCUGGUUACACCCAGCAGGAGCCGAAGGAGAAGUUGGGUUGUGCAACAGUUGAGGAGUCCCCGAUGCCUCGUCCAGUCAGACAAAGCUGUGAAGAGGUCAGUAAUACUGCGCCGUCGACUCUUCCAAAGCAAACAACUGUGGAAGCGGAGGGGACGAGCGGAAAUGCACACAGAACAAGUACUAACCAAACUGACAGUCGGCGCGGGACAGUGACACCCUCCGUCGAGGUGCUGUCAAGUAAGGUGAAGGAACCCAAGUGUUCAUUAACUGUUGUCACCACUGGCAUCCACUGCAAACAGGGUGUUAUGCAAAGCUUGUUGCACAUGAAUAUUUACAUGAAUCCUGACAUUUCGAACUAUAAGAAGGUAACGCAUCUUGUUAUUAAAGGCCCACUCGUGCGCAGCAUCAAGCUUUUAACAGUGUUGCCAUACGUGCAUCACCUUGUGAACGUUGAAUGGUUUGAGGGUAUCCUCUCGUGCAUCCCAAAAGACCCCAUGAAGCGGCCACCAAACCUAGCGGCAGUGCUCGAAAAGUUUAAUCCCAGUGACUUCACUUACAGUGAAGAGCCCAGCGCUGACAGUAUUGAGGUUCUUAACGAUUUUUCCCUGAAAGCGCUGAUGGACACACCGCCAGAGAAGCGUCAGGCGCUCUUCGAGGGGCUUGUCUUUUAUCUCCAUCCCGCUGCGAAGCCGCAGAGUGACGCUGAUAAUAAUCUUCGCCGUGUCAUUGUUGCUUCUGGUGGUACCGUCACGCGAAGAGCCGCGUUGGCAUCUGUUGCCAUCCUACCGGAAGCUAACAUGUGCGGCACCGGGGUGGCCUGGGAAGGGGUGGCGAAGUGCCGAAAGGAGCCCCUGUGCAUUUUUGUUACAACUGAAGAUUUAUUUCGAAGCGUGCUUCAGCAGCGGCGGUUGACUGCAACGACAGUGCAACGUCCACCGGGUUGCACGGCAUUACCACCUUCCCCGCAAUCUAGACAAAAACGGAAAAGGAGUUGA